CAUUUGGGUUUUCGACAAAACUUACAAUAAACAAGCUGCCGUUGUAUACCUUCUCAAACAGUACCGGCGAAUUGCCCAUUUUAUUACCCACCCAGGAAUCAAGAGCCAAAAAUAAACUACGGAAAUGUACGGAAUCACAGGUUACAGUAAUGGGUACCACCAAAAUCAACAGCAGCAGCACAGUUCGGAAGAGAAACGGGGCGGGGGUCGACGGAGGAGGGGAGGCCGUAGAUCACGCCACCGUCAUGGAUUUGGGGUUUCCGACGACCAUCACCAGCAGCACUACAACAACGACGAAACGCAAGAACAGAAAUCACCUCCUCCGUGCACGGACUUCGACAUGGCCUACUUUCACUCUUACGCCCACGUUGGCAUCCAUGAAGAAAUGAUCAAGGAUAGAGUUCGAACUGACACAUACAGGGCUGCAAUCAUGGAACACCAGAGUUUUAUCGAAGGCAAGGUCGUAAUGGAUGUUGGAUGUGGCACAGGCAUUCUUUCAAUUUUUUGUGCUCGAGCUGGUGCAAAACGGGUGUAUGCAGUGGAUGCAAGUGAUAUUGCAUUGCAGGCAAAUGAAGUUGUCAAAGCAAAUAACUUAGCUGGAAAGGUCAUAGUUUUGCAUGGACGAGUUGAGGAUGUUGAAAUUGACGAGGAGGUUGAUGUAAUAAUUUCAGAAUGGAUGGGCUACAUGCUUCUAUAUGAGAGUAUGCUGGGAAGUGUUAUCACUGCUAGGGAUCGGUGGCUAAAACAUGGAGGCCUUAUUCUUCCUUCCAAUGCAACGUUAUACAUGGCACCCAUCACGCAUCCUGACAGAUACAAUGACAGCAUUGAAUUUUGGCGCAAUGUCUAUGGAAUUGAUAUGUCUGCAAUGUUGCAGUUAGCAAAACAAUGUGCGUUUGAAGAGCCAUGUGUAGAGACAAUAACAGGGGAGAAUGUUUUGACAUGGCCACAUGUGGUUAAGCAGGUGGAUUGCUAUACCAUCCAACAUGAUGAGCUAGAAUCUGUGUCAACAAGAUAUAAGUUCCAAUCAAUGAUGCGAGCUCCGCUACAUGGAUUUGCGUUUUGGUUUGAUGUUGAGUUCAGUGGACCGACAAAUUCUCCUACAAAUAAUCCCAUCCCACCCUUGCUUACUGGCACAUCUAAUAAUAAUCAUGUGGACGGUAUCCAGAAGAAGAAACGAGCCAAUCCCAAUGAAGCACUUGUACUCUCAACGGCACCCGAGGAUCCUCCAACACAUUGGCAACAGACAUUGAUAUACUUUUAUGACCCAAUAGACGUGGAGCAAGAUCAAGUUAUUGAAGGCUCUCUAAUGCUAUCUCAAAGCAAAGAAAACCGCCGAUUUAUGAAUAUUCAUCUGGAGUACUCUUCAGGCGGCAGAUCCUAUGUAAAAGAGUCUGUAAUGCGAUGAUCCCUUUGAGGUACGAACGGAUUCUGUUGAAGCUUCACAACUGAUUUUAUGGCUCUAUGUUUGUACCUGUAUCUCUGGCUCCAUUGAGAUUCCUCACUUGAAUUAAUUGACAAGUCAUUUCACUUUUACCAUACCAUGCUGCACAACGAUGGAAGCUAUUUGUUUAACUAAGAACAAUGCUAAACCAAGUAAAAUUUUGAUCUUAGCACUGCUGGUGGUGUAAGAUUGCUGUUUCAGAAAAUGAACUCAUCUGCUGUAUUCAUUUUUUAUGUACGUGACUCUAUGUUUACAU